CUGGUUUUCUUCACAUCAAUGUGGAAUUAAAAAGAUUUGUACAAUUUUGAGUGGGUGUAAUUUUAGUUGAAAUUUUUUGGCUGUACCAAACACAACUCGCAGAAUAUUAAAUAAAAUGUGUAAAAUUUUUACGACAUUUGUGUGUUUAUUAUGUUUGCUGCUUAAUUUAUAUGUCACAAGUAUAUAUUGUCUAUGCUUGGCAUCGGAGCCGCCAACUUGUCUAACAAAUUUGGAGGAGGAAGAUGCCAAGGAGAUUUUGGAUUAUGUGCUGAGUAAAUAUGAAGAGGUUGACAUGAAAAUUACCGGCGAACCUUUGGCGGUCCGCGGCAAACGUAUUUCAUCUGGCGGCACUGAAGAGUUUCACAUUGUCUUUCAUUACGUUGACAACACUCCCGGCGAUAUAAUACAAAAUUGCGUUUUUGUUGUUGUACAUGUACCGAAUUCAUGUGAAACGAUAAGCACAGUAUGCAAUACAUUCUUACAGUCUACGCCACGUCCACUUUUGCAGCGAGAAGACCUAACUGUUUGCGAGGAUGGGGUAGAGCCAACUAGGGCGAGUGAAGUAACCGAAGAAACAGCACAAAAGCGAUCAAGUGAAAUUUAGCAUAAGUUUAGUAUAAAGGAUGCACAAGACGUUGUAAAGGUCUUAAAGUCGUAAAAGUUUUCAACGUAAGAUAACGGCAAAAAUCUUUUGGGGAACUUUCCCUUAAUUACACACCUGUCUUGGACAAUUAGAAUAACUCUAGUUCCCGAAGAUAUGCUCUCGAAAAGACACUAGUAAAAUUAAAACGUUGAUACUGAACGAUUUACGCAUUGUCAUGGGUUAGAACUUGUUACCAGAGGGUUCCUGUGGUUGCUAAUUAGGAACCUGAAGUCAGUUUUUCGAAAUUCAAAAUGGCGGAUCCGA